UGACUUUGGAGUCAGCGCCCAGCUGGACCGCACGGUCGGGCGUCGGAACACAUUCAUCGGCACCCCUUACUGGAUGGCCCCGGAGGUGAUCGCCUGCGACGAAAACCCGGAUGCCACGUACGACUACAGAAGUGACAUCUGGUCCCUGGGGAUCACGGCCAUCGAGAUGGCCGAAGGAGCCCCCCCCCUGUGCGACAUGCACCCCAUGCGGGCGCUUUUCCUGAUCCCGCGCAAUCCGCCCCCCAAGCUGAAGUCCAAGAAAUGGUCCAAGAAAUUCAUCGACUUCAUUGACAACUGCCUGAUCAAAGCCUACCCCAACCGGCCGCCCACCGAGCAGCUGCUCAAGUUCCCCUUCAUCCGUGACCAGCCCACCGAGCGGCAGGUCCGUAUCCAGCUGAAGGACCACAUCGACCGCACCCGCAAGAAGAGAGGGGAGAAGGACGAGACCGAGUACGAGUACAGCGGCAGCGAGGAAGAGGACGACGGACGCGGCGAGGAAGGAGAGCCGAGCUCCAUCAUGAACGUCCCCGGGGAGUCCACCCUGCGGCGGGAAUUCCUCCGCCUGCAGCAGGAGAACAAGAGCAACUCGGAGGCCCUGAAGCUGCAGCAGCAGCUGGCCGCCCAGCACCGCGACUCCGAGGCCCACAUCAAGCACCUUCUGCACCAGCGCCAGCGCCGCAUUGAGGAGCAGAAGGAGGAGCGCCGGCGAGUGGAAGAGCAGCAGCGCCGAGAGCGGGAGCAGCGGAAGCUGCAGGGCAAGGAGCACCAGCGGCGGCUGGAGGACCUGCAAGUGAUGCGCCGGGAAGAGGAGCGCAGGCAGGCGGAGCGGGAGCAGGAAUACAUCAGGCACAAGCUGGAGGAGGAGCAGAGGCAGCUGGAGAUCUUGCAGCAGCAGCUCCUGCAGGAACAGGCCCUGCUGCUGGAGUAUAAGCGGAAGCAGCUGGAGGAGCAGCGGCAGUCGGAGCGGCUGCAGCGGCAGCUCCAACAGGAGCACGCCUACCUCAAGUCCCUACAGCAGCAGCAGCAGCAGCCGCCGCCGCCGAAGCCCCUCUACCACCACGGCCGCGGCAGUGCAGCCGCCGCCGAGAAGCCCCCCUGGGCCCGCGAGGGGGGGGAGCGAGCCAACAAGGAGAGCUCCCCCUCGCUGGCGGCCAAGGCCAAGCUGGGAGCCCCCGGGCCAGACGCCGCUGCCCCCCAGCCCUGCGCGGAGCCGGGCUCCCUCGCCUCGUCCUCGCAGACGCCCCCCAUGCAACGCCCCGUCGAGCCCCAGGAGGGGCAGCACAAGAGCCACCUGGCCCACCGCGUCCCGCUCAAACCCUACGCCGCCCCUGUCCCUCGCUCCCAGUCGCUGCAGGACCAGCCCGGCAAGAACAUGGCUGCCUUCCCUGUCCAUGACUCCGCCUCCUCCUCCUCCUCCUCCUCCUCCUCCUCUGCCCCACCCCCUCCUCGCGGGGCCAUGAUCCGGCAGAACUCCGACCCCACCUCCGAGGGGCCGGUCCCACCGCCCUCCCGACCCAGUCCGGACCAGCGUGGACCUUGGGUCAAAAUGGACCCCAAUGGACCCCCCCAGGUUCCCCAGCGGACGUCCUCCAUAGCAACUGCCCUCAACACCAGCGGAGUAACCGGUGGGGGGAGCAGCAGCGGCACCCGGCCGGCCCACGCUGUCCGAGCCAGGCCCCGUAGCAAGUCUGCGUGGCACAUCCACAUGCAGAGCCGGCUGGAGAAGGGGCCCCAGGGGGGAAGCCCUUUGCCGGCCCCUCCUCUCCCCCCGCCCACCGGCCGGACCCCCUCCGGCCCAAACACCAGUAGCAACCCCGACCUUCGGAGGAGCGACCCCGGCUGGGAACGGGGAGACAGCCUGCUGCAGUCAGGGGCCGCCCACCUGCCCCAGGCCGGCUCCCUGGAGCGCAACCGCGUGGCAGCACCCCUGAAGCUGGAGUCCUCCCCCGUCCUCUCCCAAGUCAGGAAGGCCAAGGCAGACGACCAUCGCUCCCGGCCGGGACGGCCAGCAAGCUAUAAGCGGGCAAUUGGUGAGAAUUUCGUCCUGCUCAAGGAGCGCCCGGAGGAGGCGGCCCCCAAACCGCUCAAGAAGGCCCUGGACUACUCGUCCUCCAGCGAAGAGGUGGACUCCAGUGAGGACGAGGAGGAAGAGGAGGAGGAGGAAGAGGAGGCAGGCGACGGAGAGCGCUCCGAGGCCGGCACCAGCACCCCUGGGGCCAGGGACGGCGACACGGACUCGGUCAGCACCAUGGUGGUGCACGACGUGGAGGACUUGACGGGCGGCAGCGGGGGCUCCGAGAGCUCCUACGGGGAGGGCACCAUGCUGGUGCAGCGGACCCCCGAGGAGGAACGUGGCCUCCUGCACAGCGACAGCAACGGCUACACCAACUUGCCCGACGUGGUUCAGCCCAGCCACUCGCCCACGGAAGCCAAGAGCAGCAACGGCUCCUCCUCGCCUACCAAGGACAUGGCCACCGACUACCAGUCGCGGGGGCUCGUCAAGGCCCCCGGCAAGAGCUCCUUCACCAUGUUCGUGGACCUGGGCAUCUAUCAAAGCUCCCCUGGGGGAGGAGACACCAUCCCCAUCACAGCAUUCGACGCCGGGCGGCUGGAGCAGCUGCAGCUGGAGGCCCGGAAAGGCUCGGUGGUCAACGUCAACCCCACCAACACGCGGCCCCACAGCGACACGCCGGAGAUCCGCAAGUACAAGAAGCGCUUCAACUCGGAGAUCCUCUGCGCGGCUCUUUGGGGGGUCAACUUGCUGGUGGGCACGGAGAACGGGUUGAUGCUGCUGGACCGCAGCGGGCAAGGCAAGGUGUACAGCCUCAUCAACCGCCGGCGCUUCCAGCAGAUGGAUGUCCUGGAGGGCCUUAACCUCCUGACCACCAUUUCAGGCAAGAGGAACAAGCUGCGCGUCUAUUACCUCUCCUGGCUACGCAACAAGAUUUUGCACAACGACCCCGAAGUGGAGAAGAAACAGGGCUGGACCACCGUGGGGGACAUGGAGGGAUGCAUUCACUACCGCGUGGUGAAGUACGAGCGGAUCAAGUUCCUGGUGAUCGCGCUGAAGAGCUCGGUGGAGGUGUACGCCUGGGCGCCCAAGCCCUACCACAAGUUCAUGGCCUUCAAGUCCUUCGCUGACCUGCCGCAUCGGCCGCUGCUGGUGGAGCUGACGGUGGAGGAAGGCCAGCGGCUGAAGGUCAUCUACGGUUCGUGCGCCGGCUUCCACGCCAUCGACGUGGACUCGGGGAACAACUACGACAUCUACAUCCCGGUCCACGUGAGUUGA